CAGUACGCCGUCUGUCGCGUAGCUCUGCUAACCCCAUCAAUUUGCAGAGCUCCCUCUUCCCGGGUGAUGAUAAGGAUUUCUAUCCCAUGGAGUAUUUGGAGAGCAGCCCAUCAUCGUUGAAACCGAGUCAUGUAUAUAUCAGCUUUAGAGGUGAUGAAGACACUCGUAAAUUCAUGCAUAGCCUUUCGGCUGCUCUGAAAGCAGAAGGCUUCAUAAUCUUUGGAGAUGAUAAGAAGCUUGAAACGCCAGGCUCCAAUCUUCCACCUCACCUUCUUCAAGCAAUUCGUGAGUCGUGGAUUUGGAUUGUUGUCUUCUCCAAGAACUAUGCUUCUUCAUGUUGGUGUUUAGAGGAACUGUCACAGGUUGCUGGGCACAUCAUUACUCCUGAGAUUGAAGCUCCGCGUAGGCGCCCAUCAUCAUCAGUUUUUUGCGCUCUGACGUCGUGCUGUUCUCAUGUCGGUCCUGAACCACAAGAAAUGUGCGAAGCAGGGAUAGACAAGGUGAACAGAUGGAGGAAAGCUCUGAAACAAGGGUGCCGUGUCUCUGGCCGCCGGAGUCUACCAGAUAGGGUCAUAACAGUUUAUUACGAUGUGGAUCCAAAAUCCUUUGCUCAACAUAUUCAACAAGCAUGGACACAAGAUUCAUUUGAGAUACCCCAAUGGAAGAGGAAGGCUAUCGAGCAAGUGGCUGUCACGUUAGUGAGUGUAAUAAAAUCGACGCAAGCAAUUAACAGCUCUGAAUGUAUAUAUGCAUAUCAAUAG